GCGGCGGCGCCUCCCGGGCCGCCCGCGUGGGCCGAGCGGCACGCGUGCCGAGCAUGGCGGGCUCCCUGCCUCCCUGCGUGGUGGACUGCGGCACCGGGUACACCAAGCUUGGCUACGCGGGCAACACUGAGCCACAGUUCAUUAUCCCUUCAUGUAUUGCCAUCAGAGAGUCGGCAAAGGUAGUUGAUCAAGCCCAAAGGAGGGUGUUGAGGGGAGUCGAUGACCUGGACUUUUUCAUAGGGGAUGAGGCCAUAGAUAAGCCCACGUAUGCCACGAAGUGGCCAAUAAGACAUGGAAUAAUUGAAGACUGGGAUCUUAUGGAAAGGUUCAUGGAACAAGUGAUUUUUAAGUAUCUUCGAGCUGAACCUGAGGAUCAUUACUUUUUAAUGACAGAGCCUCCACUGAAUACGCCAGAAAAUAGAGAAUAUCUUGCAGAAAUUAUGUUUGAAUCAUUUAAUGUACCAGGACUCUACAUUGCGGUUCAGGCAGUGCUGGCCUUAGCUGCAUCCUGGACAUCUCGGCAAGUUGGGGAACGCACGUUAACAGGGAUCGUCAUUGACAGCGGGGAUGGGGUCACUCACGCUAUCCCAGUGGCAGAAGGUUAUGUCAUUGGAAGCUGCAUCAAACACAUCCCGAUUGCAGGUAGAGAUAUUACGUAUUUCAUUCAGCAGCUGCUAAGGGAGAGGGAGGUGGGAAUCCCUCCUGAGCAAUCACUGGAGACCGCAAAAGCCAUUAAGGAGAAAUACUGCUACAUUUGCCCUGACAUAGUCAAGGAAUUUGCCAAAUACGACGUGGAUCCCCGGAAAUGGAUCAAGCAGUACACGGGUAUCAAUGCGAUCAACCAGAAGAAGUUCAUCAUAGAUGUCGGCUAUGAAAGAUUCCUGGGACCUGAAAUUUUCUUUCACCCAGAGUUUGCCAACCCAGAUUUUAUGGAAUCCAUCUCAGAUGUCGUUGAUGAAGUAAUACAGAACUGCCCCAUCGAUGUGCGCCGUCCGCUGUAUAAGAAUGUCGUUCUUUCAGGAGGUUCGACGAUGUUCAGGGACUUUGGACGUCGGCUGCAGAGGGAUCUGAAACGAGUGGUGGAUGCCCGACUGAGACUCAGUGAGGAGCUCAGCGGAGGCCGGAUCAAGCCGAAGCCUGUGGAGGUCCAGGUGAUAACACAUCAUAUGCAGCGCUACGCGGUGUGGUUUGGAGGCUCCAUGCUUGCUUCAACUCCCGAGUUCUUCCAGGUUUGCCACACCAAGAAGGACUACGAGGAGUAUGGCCCCAGCAUCUGCCGCCACAACCCCGUCUUCGGAGUCAUGUCUUAGCGUCCGCCUCGACACGGUCACCCGGUCACGUCGCGCCGGUGAGCAGGCACCGUCAGGGCCCGCACGAGACCGCAGCUCCUGUAAAUAGUGGCGUUUGGUGUCGAUGUCGAGAAGCGUGCUUGCGUCGCCGAGUGCAUGAGGCAGUUCAGUGCACGCCAUCCGUGUGCCCGCUGUCCGACGGCCCUUCCCUCCCCGCCCCCUGCCUCCCCCGCCCGCCCCCCUCCUCCUCACCUCCCCAGCUUCUAGUUGGCGAAUUGAAUUCUGGAGGAAUUCACCUGUGACUUUAAAAAUUGUUAGGGAAAAAACGGAGAAGAUGACGCAAAAUAGUCCCCCCAGGAAAGAAUAUGGGGCUGCAAACCCUUUUC